GAUCCAUCGAGCCCAUGCAUGCAUGCCUACUACCAAAACAAUGCAUCUACACAACGCUUCUCUCAGCUAGCUACAGCUCUUGUGCGUCAGCGACAUGAUAGUGAGCACACUGCUUCAGAAAUGACCUGAGGGAGACACACAUGAGGAGGGAAACCCAUUUUCCCCACCUAUGUGUGGGUUGUCGUCGUGUGUCUCAGCCCAUCGUACGUGAUGGUAUCUGUGAAGUGUCUGGUGGCCUCUGCCUCGUUCAUGCUCAUCUGCACUGUCGUCGAUAUCUCAUAACCCACAUAGUCACCCUCGCCACCACCAGCCGCAGACGAGGAGAACGACUCCUUCCUGUCCCCCUCACCCCCCUCCCCCUCUGUCAGUGUCUCGUGCUGGCGAUCCUCGGUGGGUGUGUGGCUGCUGCUGCUCUCACGCCUCCUUUCCUCCUCCUUGUGUUGCUGCGGGGGUCUUGGCAGGCCGCCAUUUGCGAGCGGGAUCUCGGUACAUCGGACAGUGGGCAGUGAGCGGAAUCGCUCCCACUCAUUUGUCUUGAGGAACAAGCGACUCAGACGGACCUGCGAGAAAGCGACGGCAAAGAGAGGGUCCGUGUCUCGCUCUCUAUGCUGAGUGUGGUCACCCGAAUGUGAGGCGUGAAUGCAGUUCCGACACUCUCGAGGAGGUUCGGCCCCAUAAAGCCGACCGAUGGGCCGUGCGCGAACACCUUAGAAGUCCACUGGCCAUUUGUCCCACCAUUGCCGUCUCCCUCCUCUCGCCGAGGGGAGGUGUUAGGCGCACUUCCCUUUUCUGUUGUGUCUUUGGUCCAUACGAGGGACUCUGGCGAGAGGCACUCGCCCAUUUGCGUCUGGACGUCCGCCAGGAUGGCCGCCAGCUCGGCGAAGACCGCACGCACAGGGCGGCCAGCACUGCACGGAUGCAUGGAGGCAGAAUUGAUGCAGAUGCCUGUCACUUUCUUCUCUGUACCCGAUGACUUUGAUGACGAGAUGGUCAGAGAAGUUGAUGAGUGCUGCGGCUGUGGGCGUGUCGCCGGCGGACACCAGCACAGACCGAUGACGGGGCCACCAGCGAGGGAGCGACUCCUGCAAGCGAGCGACCCAUCCAUGCACAGCUGGGGAGGACAAUGAGUGUGCGCCGCACCUGUCGCUGAUUCUCAAAGAGAUUGAUGCCAAAUUGGCCGGUGAGGAGAGACUGGUCUUCGGCAGACAGCGACUGAUCGACACACACGCACAGACUUCGCCAGACAGUGCCUGUCUCUCUGACUCACGCACCUCCACGAGCAGGUGUCUGGCGUCUUUGAAUGCCGCGCAUUUCUUCAUCGCCGGCACCAAAGCUUUCUCCACCUCCCGCAGAGAAAGCACCCCACGAUUGGUCGUCCCUGCAUCCAUCGGACAGACACACGAUGGGUGGAUGGACAGACGCCAUGAUGCACAUGUCUCCCUGACCAGAGAAAGAGCUGGUGGUGCAUGUGGAAGUGAGAAACGGCGUCCCUUGCAGAUUCCGCCGCACCGCCAGCUGCCACUCCGACUUGCCCAACCCAGGCGGGCACACAAUCGGGCUGUCCAUCUGGUGGCUCACAGACGCGUCCACCAAUGCCUUGCUGCCGCUCUCGAUGGGCGUGAAGACGGAGAGCGGCGGGAAGGUGGCCGCCUGUGCCCAUGGUGGGUGGAGAAAUGUGAGGAUGGCGUGGGUGAGCGGCUUGAAGAGGGUGAAGGAUUCCUCGUCACCGGCAGAUGCCCCGCCUGUCAUGCGUCGUGCAUCCCUGACCGUGCAUCUCUCUCUCUCUCUCUCUGUGUGUGUGUGUGUGUGUGUCAUAACCUGGCAGCUGAAAUAUCUCUCCUGCGAGAGCGAUCUCGUUCAGAGUGAAGCCGGAAUCGGUCCUGCACAACACGCAUCGACAGACAGUCAGUGAGACGCCAGCAAUGUCGAUCGAGGAGAGCGUCACAGACACACACACUCACUGUUUGCCUCUGAGUUGUGCGGUGAUCUCAUUGAUGUCGCCGCCCUUGAUCGUGAAGUCAAAUGAGGGCACUGGCAGCUGACAAGAGGGAGAGGGAGACAAUUUGUGAGUGGGUGUGUGAGCAGUAGAGACAAACAGGUGGACCAUGGCAUCAGCGUCUGCGCCAGGGAUGUGUGUGUCCUCUGUGGCCAGCUCUUCUUCUCUCUCAAUCAGCUCCGACACCCCUCUGUUGAACUGCUCGACCACCUGUGCCUCGCUCAUGCCCAGACUGCUGACCGUACGCACCCACACCAAACCUGCACACAAGUCAACACACAGACCGAUGGAUGCACGUCUCUGCAUCUUCCCUCUCCAUGCUGCAUUCUUACCAGAGUUGCCCAACUGUUUCAGUGGUUUCUUGCUCUCAACAAAGCGGAAAGCCAGGCGGUGCUCUGCGCACAUCUUGGCCAGCUCACUUGUGUCCCUCCCCACCAUACUCCGCCGACUUCUCUGCGACCGCACUUCGCCACCGCUCUCCUGCUGCUGAGGAUGCUGUGCUUGUGUAUUGUCCAUCAUGGCCGGGCGCAGGUGGUCUUCCAUCAGUUUGGGGAUGACCAGACGAGCCGAGAGCUCUAGUGCGGUGCCGAGGCCUUCUGGGAGGGCGGUGAGGUAGCCGAGGCGAUUGGAGUAGGCAAAGGCCAUGUCUGUGUCGCUUGACUGGAAGGCCCGCAACACGUGGAAGAGGCGCUCUACGCAGCGGAGAGCGUUUCCCUCCGCGUCGCAAGAGGCGAUGUCGAGGUGGUUGCGGGCGUUCAUCACGCCGCCCCACAGACAGCUGCCACUCAGAAACGCACUACGACCUGACACACACACAUACACACAGACACACAUACACACAGACACACACACAGAGUUCGUUGCUGUGUGAAUGCAUGCGUGUGUUGUGUACCGACCAAUGGGCCACUUUUGCUUGAAGCCGGCACACGAGUGGAACUCAGUCAGAUUGGGAUAGAAGCCCAGAGGGAACAUCAGGUCGCGACCGAGCUGCAAUCAGUAAGACAGUCAAUCAAUCAACAAAUCAGUCGAUCAAUCGGUCAAGAAACAUGCCCUCGUGUUUGUGUCUCAGACUGACUGACUUUGUCUUGUGGCGAGUCAGAGAAGCCGAAGACGGCUGGCGGGCCGACAUACUGCGCAUCAGGCUCAAUGGCCGUACUCAGUUCUGCCGACGACUCAACCGCAUGGAAGGUGGCACGCAGCUGACGCAGACACACGCACACGAGUGAUGCACAUCGUCUCCUUCCACCCUUUCCGCAUUCCUCGCUGACUUUUGUUUCGAUGUGUGUGAGCUGCUGCGGCAGUGCGCCCGGCACAAAGGGCUCAUUUGCCACAUUCCGUUGCACCUGAUGUACACACACUUACGCUACGCUUCUUUCUCCCUGUCUCUGUUCUGUAUGCUUCUCGGAUUACCUUGGCAACGAUGAGCGGUACGUAUGUUUGGCUGAGCGUCUGGAUGAAUCUGUCCUUCAGGGGAGCAGUGGGAGCAUCAGAAGGACAGGUGGGAGACGCCAACACGAGAUCGUCGUGCUGCAACGAAAGAAGGCACACCACACAACAGUCCCUCUCUCUUUCUCCGAUUCUUAGGAUGCGCGUGUGUUCAGACCUAAUCGACGCACUCACUUGGAGCUCUUGUGGUUCUACUUUGUGGUAUGCGGCGAUGAGGGGAUCGAACAGCUCCUGAUAGACGUCGUACGCAGCGGCCUCGCCCACCGACACGCCGCAGCUCGUCACGCCGUCCCACGAACUGACAUUGGUAAAGUGAGAGAGUAUACAGACAUCUUUCUGUUUGAGUGUAUGUUACGUGUCUCCGCUGGGGCAGAGGCAGCAUGUGAGGAGGGCAUCCAAAAUGGGCCACUUGAACUCAAGCCGAGGCGCACCCUCCUCGCCCUGUUGGUCAUCCUCCUGCAUGCAUAUACACAGGCACACAACAUGCAUGUCUCUAUGCAUGCGUCGCGGCUUACGGUAAUCAUUUUGUGUUGCAGCAUCCUGAAUGUCUCCAGCUGUGAUGGCGUGAGGAGAGUGCUGUUCUGCUGUGUGAUGUGGCUUAGCUGCAGCCCCGCCGCCAUGGCAGCGUCCACGUCAAACAAACCGUCACGUGACGGCAGUGAGAUGUCCGUCUCGCGCCGCUGGUGCCGGAACGUCUCAAUAGCCGCCGUCUCCCCACCGCCCCUCUCUUCUUCGUGGUCGAGGGCCAUCUGCAGCAGCGGGGAGAGGUCGGCCCUCCAUGUCUGCGUCAUGGUUCACACACACAGCAAUGAACACACCAAGACAGAAGAAGAAAGAGGAGAAAGGGGCGUUCAGACAAUCAGCUCAUUUACAGCGGCGAAAGGGCUGAGUAGCUCGUCCAUGAGUAUCUGGUCCACCCGUACCACCCCCUGCGCAGCCUCCAGCAGCUUGGUCAACGUCUCAACCUCAUCCGCACCGAAACGCGACCGCCACACCAGCUCCACCACACCCUGUAGGCACACACAGAUGGAUGAGUGGAUGGAUGGAUGGACACUCAAAUGUGCAUGUAAGUGGCCUUCUCUCUUUCUCUCUGCGUGUGUGUACUUGCCUCUUCCAGUCGUGUGUAUUUGCCAAUCUUGAGGCCCCGCCCAUCAGCCUCUUCACGCAGCCGCUGGUGGCCCGCCAGACACAGCCCCGGCAGCCGCAGCCCGACAGAACACCUGACGAGAAACAGAGGCCAACAAGAUGAAUUCAGGAGUGCGUCCAUUUGUGUACCGUAGAGAGUGUCCUGCGUUGCCCGGGUCGUAAGAGAGGAAGCCAAAUGUGGAGUGGUAGCUAUAUGCCUGGCUCGCCACCUCAGAGCCCAAUGUGCGCUGCAGCCAUUCACCGACAGACAGACAGAUGGCAAUAUAAGCACGCAAAGACGGACGGAGAGAGCUUCAUACCGCGAUGAGCUCCAGGAUCUCUGCCACUUUGAGCAGGCCCUUCUGGAAGGCACUUGAUGUGGGCGAGGUGACCCGCUUGACCACCUUGACAUGAUCGGUGGUGUUGACCCAUAUGGCGGUCUCCAUGUCGUCUCCCAGCCACAUGAGACGGCCCGUCGGCCACUCACGAUUCAGAUCGAUGCAGUCCAACAUCUCAACCUGCAUUGAAUUCAGCACGACAGUGGGCGUGGCUGUGUUGUGUGUGUGGUUGGUCAUCUUGCCUUGUGUGGGAAGAGGCCCAGCCGAGAGAGCCGGUGCUUCAAGUGGGGCUGCCGCUCUUCCAAUGCUCUCACUGGCACAUAGUCACCCUGACACCGCACACACAGUUGCACACAGAAUGCCAUUUCUCGCGCUCUUGUGCAUAUGUGUGUGUGUGUCUAUCACCUGUACGCCCAGUGUGGAGGGCAUCUUUUGAAACGCCUCUUCGAUCGUCUCGCUGAGCUUCGCGCGCUGGGCGGCGGUGAUCUUGGGGGUGAAGGGGUAGCCUUUCACGUUCCUGAGUAAUUGAGACACAGUGGGAAAAGACAGAGACAUGGAGGGGGGUCGGUGUGUGUUUGUGCAUACCUUGAUGCUCGCAUGCGGGCAAACACAAAUCGUUUUGAGUCGAGUGUUGCCAGGGGAAGCCUUUCGAAGCUUUCUGAACGCGCAAUGCUGUGCUGAUAUACACGUGUGCAUGGACGAGUGGAUCGAUGUACGCGAUGUCGAUACACAUAUCUUAUCUCUCCCUCUUUCUUACCGCAGCAAGGUCCGUGUGCAGCUGCAGAGACCUGUGGACAUGCUGCGAUGCCAUCAGCUCGGAGAAUAUAUCACUGAAGACAUCGUAGCACUCGGUGUCCCACGCAAUCAAACCUAAGGAGGAGAAAGACAAAACAAAAAGCAUUCACUCCGAAUCUGUCCCGCGCUUUGUUGGUCCUGGUGUGUUGUCCACCGAUGAGGGACUCAGGGUGCUCGAUGCCCAGCCGCAGGCAAUCCCGCAAUGUCGUCCCGCCUGGCGUCUGCUGCACCGUCGUGUUAUAAAGCUGACCAGACACACAUACAGUCGCGAUUUCUUGCCUCUCUCUGUGGAAUUAUCCAUUCGUGUGUACGUCUCUGGUGAGAGUGCCUUUGAUGGCGGCCUUCGACUCAUCCGGCAAAGGCAUAUCCUCCAUCUGCGGCGCGCUGGCGCCUUCCUUCUCCUCGUCCCUCUCGUCAUCGCGCCGCUGCCGAUCUUUGGCUGACAAGACCGACAGCCCGGCCGCCUUGAGCUCGGAUGGCGUGCACCGCUCAGAGAGAUACUGCAGCUGUCAGAGAGAGAGAGAGGUAGAGGGAGAGAGGGAUGCUUAUGUGUGUGCACGUGGGAGAUGGCUGGAAUCAUCUAAGCUUACGAUGAAGACUUUUGGGUUUGGUGAUCUCCGCUGGACGACGUUGUUGAGGAGCUGUCCGAAGAGUCGCUCCAGGUUGUGCUGCUCAAUGUACUUUUUGGCCUCCAGCUGGGCACGUGUCACCCUGACACAACCCAGACAACAAGACAGCAGCGGGACACUCGUCGCAUAACAUGUCACGGAUGAAACAUGCAGUGACAUUGCUCUGACCUUCUGGACGACAUUUUGCCUCUGUAUGCGUCAACGAUGGUCGCAAAACACUAGAAAGAAAU